AUGGAGGGAGGACACCUAUCUCGAGACAUUGCCCCUGAUGUGUCAGAUGUGUCAGCCUCCAGCUCUAAUAUAUCUUCAAAUUCAAGCCUGGCACAGAAUGCAGAAUCUAAUGAGACCGAAAAGUCAAGUCAGCCAGGAUCGUUGAACAGACGCCUCACUGAAGAUGAGAUCAUGCGUGUACUCUCUCGGCGACGUACCGGCGAAUCUGAGGAAGACACGGAAGGGGGGACUGAAGCUAUGGCCCAGAUCAUGAGACUUGUUUCGCGAAUGUUUGGUGACGAGAGGAAGACUAACUCCGACGAAGAAAAGACGAGACAUCUUGGGGUCGUAUGGAAGCAUCUAACUGUGAAGGGGGUUGGGCUCGGUGCUGCCAUUCAACCAACGAACUCCGAGGUCCUCCUCGCUUUGCCUCGAAAGAUCAAGAGUCUUUUAACUCGUGGCAGGAAUAAGCCUCCGUUGCGGACCCUUAUAGACGAUUUUACAGGUUGCGUACGGCCUGGGGAAAUGCUACUAGUCCUAGGCCGGCCCGGCUCAGGGUGCUCAACUUUCCUGAAAGUAAUUGGAAAUCAGAGAUCGGGAUAUAAAAGCGUCGAAGGUGACGUGCGCUAUGGAGGUACUGAUGCUCAUACAAUGGCGAGCAAGUACCGCUCUGAGGUGCUAUACAAUCCCGAGGAUGACCUUCACUACCCAACUUUGACUGUACGGGACACUUUGUUAUUCGCUUUGAAAACUCGGACGCCGGAUAAGGAAUCACGCCUGCCUGGAGAAUCUCGGAAAGAAUAUCAGGAGACAUUCUUAUCUGCCAUAGCUAAGCUAUUCUGGAUUGAGCAUGCCCUUGACACAAAGGUGGGUAAUGCGUUAAUACGUGGGAUCUCUGGAGGCGAGAAGAAGCGUGUCUCUAUUGCAGAGGCACUGGUGACUCGGGCGUCCACCCAGUCAUGGGAUAAUUCAACGAAGGGACUCGAUGCAAGUACAGCGCUGGAGUAUGUGCAAAGCUUGAGGAGCCUGACUGAUAUGGCAAACGUCUCCACACUUGUCGCUCUAUAUCAAGCUUCUGAAACCCUAUACAAACUUUUCGAUAAGGUGAUUUUCAUAGAAGAAGGCAAAUGUGUCUACUACGGCCGUGCUGAGUCUGCCCGCAAUUAUUUUGAAGGCCUGGGGUUUGAGUGUGCCCCUAGGUGGACGACACCAGACUUUUUAUUAUCAGUCACCGACCCAAAAGGGCGUCGUGUCAAGCAGGGGUGGGAAGACCGAAUCCCUCGGACUGCAGAGGAGUUUCGGAAAAUCUACCGCAAGAGUGAUAUCUACAAGGCCACUCUAGCUGACAAUGAGAGUUUCGAGGAAGAACUAGAAUCUCAGAAAGAGGAACGCGAAGCUGCCAGAAAGGAAUCGGCGAAGAAAAACUACACUGUUUCAUUCUAUCACCAGGUCGCUAUUCUAACGCAUCGUCAAUUUCUCAUUAUGUAUGGCGACAAGGCGACUCUAAUAGGUAAAUGGGUGAUUUUGACCGGACAAGCCCUCAUAACUGGCUCAUUGUUCUAUAAUUUGCCCCAGACAAGUGCCGGCGUUUUCACCAGAGGAGGUGUUAUGUUUUAUGUUUUGCUCUUCAAUGCUUUACUUGCGAUGGCCGAACUAACGUCGUUUUUCGACACCCGGCCAGUUAUUCUAAAACACAAGAGCUUCUCUUUCUAUCGACCUUCUGCUUUCGCUCUGGCGCAGGUUAUCGUUGAUAUUCCCAUAAUCUUCGUCCAAGUUACGCUGUUUGAGCUAAUUGUAUAUUUCAUGGCCAAUCUUUCAAGAACCGCUUCUCAGUUCUUUAUCAACUUCCUGUUCAUAUUCACCCUGACGAUGACCAUGUACUCCUUCUUUCGCACUAUUGGAGCAUUAUGCGGUUCCCUUGACAUUGGCUAUCUUAUUCCACCUUGGAAAAUGCAUCCCUGGCUAAAAUGGCUUAUCUGGAUUAAUCCCGUGCAAUAUGCUUUUGAAGGGGUUAUGGCAAACGAAUUCUACAAUCUGGACAUUCAAUGCGAGCCACCGAGUAUUGUACCGGAUGGUCCGAAAGCAUCACCUGGACACCAGACCUGUGCCAUUCAAGGGAGCAAUACCAACCAGCUAAUUGUUCAAGGCUCCAACUAUAUCAAGAGUGCAUUUACAUACAGUAGGUCACAUUUAUGGCGCAAUUUCGGUAUCAUAAUCGCAUGGUUAGCUCUAUUCAUUGCGUUGACCAUGCUCGGGAUGGAGCUUCAAAAGCCCAAUAAAGGGGGUAGUUCUGCCACUAUAUUCAAAAGAGGGGAGGAGCCAGAAACAGUGAAACGAGCCCUCGAGAAUAAGGAGCUCCCAGAGGACGUGGAAACUGGGGAUAAGGAGAAGGGCGUUGACAGUAACAUGAACGAAUCUACGUCAGAGGACUCUGGAGAGAAGGUCACAGGUAUUGCUCAGAGCACGUCAAUAUUUACUUGGAGAAACUUGAACUACACGAUACCGUACAAAGGUGGAAAGAAACAACUUUUACAAGAUGUGCAGGGAUAUGUCAAACCCGGUCGCCUUACGGCUCUAGUGGGCGCUUCCGGGGCUGGGAAGACUACACUACUCAACACAUUGGCACAACGAGUAAACUUCGGUGUCGUUACCGGUGAAUUCUUAGUUGAUGGGAGACCUCUCCCAAGGAGCUUCCAGAGAGCAACUGGGUUUGCCGAGCAGAUGGACAUCCAUGAGCCUACAGCUACCGUCAGAGAAUCCCUGCGGUUCUCAGCACUUCUUCGCCAGCCUAAAGAAGUACCCAUUCAAGAGAAAUACGACUAUUGCGAGAAGAUACUCGACCUCCUAGAAAUGCGAUCAAUUGCCGGUGCUACAGUUGGCUCUGGGGGCAUUGGAUUGAGUGAAGAACAGCGUAAGCGACUGACCAUAGCCGUUGAGCUGGCCAGUAAACCGCAGUUGUUGCUUUUUCUGGACGAACCGACCUCUGGUCUUGAUUCUCUAGCCGCCUUCAAUAUUGUGCGCUUCCUUCGACGGCUUGCAGAUGCUGGUCAAGCAAUUCUGUGUACGAUCCACCAGCCUUCUGCUGUGCUGUUCGAGCACUUUGACGACCUAUUACUGCUACAAAGUGGGGGCAAGGUUGUCUAUAAUGGCGAGCUAGGGCACGAUUCUAGCAAACUCAUCAGUUACUUCGAGCGGAACGGUGGCAAGAAGUGCCCACCCCACGCAAAUCCUGCAGAGUACAUGCUCGAGGUUAUCGGUGCAGGGAAUCCUGAGUAUAAAGGCCAAGAUUGGUCGGAAGUCUGGGCCAGAAGCUCAGAGAACAAGCAAUUGACAGAGGAAAUUGAGAGUAUUAUUCAAUCACGGCGCAAUAAGAGUGCAGAAGACAAUGAUGACGACCGCCGCGAGUAUGCUAUGCCUAUCGGCGUGCAGGUACUAGCAGUGACAAAACGUGCCUUUGUUGCUUACUGGAGAUCUCCUGAAUACAUUCUCGGGAAGUUUCUUCUACACAUAUUUACUGGUUUAUUCAACACUUUCACUUUCUGGCAUUUAGGAAACAGCUAUAUUGACAUGCAAUCUCGAUUGUUUUCUAUAUUUAUGACGCUCACUAUAGCGCCACCACUAAUCCAGCAACUGCAGCCACGGUUCCUCCAUUUCCGGAAUCUAUACGAAUCCCGCGAGGCAAAUUCCAAGGUAUACUCAUGGGUUGCAUUUGUGACUAGUGCUAUUCUCCCCGAACUCCCGUACUCAAUCGUUGCCGGCACCAUCUACUUCAACUGCUGGUACUGGGGCGUCUGGUUCCCCCGGGACUCAUUCACUUCAGGCUAUGUCUGGAUGUUUCUCAUGCUCUUCGAGAUGUUCUAUGUGGGAUUCGGCCAGUUCAUCGCCGCGCUGGCACCCAACGAACUCUUCGCCUCCCUCCUCGUCCCUUGUUUCUUUAUAUUUGUCGUAUCCUUCUGCGGAGUCGUUGUCCCGUACAUGGCUCUGAUCCCCUUCUGGAGGUCUUGGAUGUACUGGCUCACCCCUUUCCACUACCUCCUGGAAGGCCUCCUUGGUGUCGUAACGCAUAAUGUCUCGUUGCAAUGCGUCUCGAGAGAAGAGUCACACUUCAGCCCGCCGCCAGGAGAGACUUGCCAAAGCUAUGCCGGUUCCUUUGCGCAGCAAGCUGGAGGCUAUGUACAGGAUGCGGGGAAUGGCCUUUGCUCCUACUGCCCGUACUCGGAUGGAGAUACUUUUGCCGCCAAAACCUUCAAUGUAUAUUACUCUCAUAAGUGGAGAGCCUAUGGCAUCUUUUGGGCAUUUGUCAUGUUUAACUUUGCUGCCGUUUAUGCUUUCUCGUGGCUCUAUCUGCAUGGCAUAAGGGAUAUCAAAAAGUGGUUUAGUACAAGGAAAGCCAAAGGGGGGGGACAGAGAGGUGUAGAAUGA